UCGGGGGACCAAAUAUUAAAAGCCCCAAAGUACAGGGUGGCCAUUUGACCUUCGAGAUUCCUCACGCGAUCAGGAGUCGGGACAUCUCGGAAGGUGGUGGCGUCGUAUCGGAGUAGGCUGGCCGGCCGUUUUCUCCACGUCGCCGGUGGUGGCGUCGGCCUCAACUGUGACCACACCAUUGGAAUCGAAAUUGGCAGAGCUUGAUAAGGGCUUUUGCUUAAGUCUUCUGCACUCGAUUUCUAGGGUUAUUAGGGUUUUCUGCCAUGUCAGUUUCGGACGACGAAAACGAAUCCUUGGCUCACUUUCUCGAAUCCGAGGUCCUCUCCGAGGUAUCCGACGAGGAAGAAAAGAAAAUAGCGCCACCGUCGAAGAGGUUGCGCCUUGAUGAUGAGGGAACUUCUCAAUCUGGGACUGGCAGAAGCAAAAUCCCCAGACGGAUCAAGACCGGGAUUUUCAGCAAGAUCCCACCAGAGCUUUUUCAUCACAUCCUUAAAUUCCUUUCUUCAGAGGAUCUCAUCGCAUGCUCUUUGGUUUGUAGAUUUUUAAAUUAUGCUGCUUCCGACGAAAGCUUAUGGCGUCGCCUGUAUUGUAUGCGUUGGGGUUUGUCAACUCCUACUAAAAGGUUGCGUCAGUUUGCUUGGAAAAAGCUCUACAUUCAGCGAGAUGAAGAGGACAUGGUUGAAUUUGUUAGGAAUACUCCUUCUGAAUUCAGAGAGUAUUAUAUCCAAAUGCAGGCAGCCAAGAGAAGCCAGGCUCCUCUUCCUUCACAGGUGAAUGAUGACCGCAUAAUUCUAGACAAAACAGUGUCAGAUCAAGUAUCUAUGUGGAAAAGCAGUCACGGCUUGACUGAUGAAGUAGUUACUGACCAUGCUUGUUCAGGGGAAACAUGUUCUUACUACCAGAUUGGAGAUGUUUUCCUCUGUGAGAAAACUGGUCGAGUCCAUGUGUGUGACGAUACAUGCAGAGAAGUUGUUUUGGAUGCUGACAGUGGGCUUCUGGUCUGUACAAUUUCUGGGCACUGUUUUGAUAGAAUGCUCUCACCUUCAGAGAUGGAACCAGACACUGAACAACAACAAGGUGGUGUAACAGAUGAAGCAGAACCAUUUAUGGGAUCUGGCCGAUUUGCGCGUGCUUAUCUGUUGGGAUAUAAUUGUGCUGAUGAGAAGGAACUGGCAGCAGCAUUGAGGUUUUGCUGAUCUGGUAUUGUGUGCUUCUCUUUGCAUGGUAGAGAUGAAUUUUGAUUGGCAGGAUGAAAGACGGCAUCAAAUUUCUUUUGCCAAUAAAGUUUUAUAAUUGCAUCAUAUUUGGAACCAUUUAGACAUGCAUGUGUGUAGCAUAUACUGUGUGAAGUAGGUUGAAGAAUCAAUUAAUUUAAAAGGAAAUCGGCUUCUUCAAACCUAGGAUAUGUAUAGCAGUCAAUAUUUUUUGGAAGUUGCUCUGUGAGUAUGGCUAUGUUUGGGAUUGAAGAUUAUAAUACUCAUCAGCUAAUUUUCUCCAUUCUUACCCGUCCACCUUCCCCUCCCCAAGAGGAAUUGUGCUGAAUAGAACCUCAAUGGAUUUCAUACUCAGAAAAGAAAAUAAGAUCAACUGUUUCUAAAAAGGAUACCAUUUGAUUGAA